AUGGGGGCAACCAGCAGCAGCCUCAAUGAACUGUCCAGCAAUGAAUACCUCAAGCGAUUGUCCGGCAGUGAGGCAAUAGAUCAGAUGGAUCCAUUCUGGAAUCAGCUGUUAUCAUUUUCUUUCCAGAUACCGGUCAACAGUUCUGACGCAAGGCUGCUAGAAGAAUCGACAGAGGUCAUCGCUAGAAACUUUGCCUUGAACAACUGCCACACAGGAAAUCUGCGGUCACUCAUUCAUAACUUCCUCAUUCGAGCCUCAGAGUUAAAAGCUUCAGCACAAUGUGAAGACAACAUCUUCAUCUGGCAGACAUACAAUGCCUUGUUUAUCAUAAGAAGUCUCUGCAAGUACUUUGUGGAGCACCUCAGCGAGGAACUUCUGCUGCACCAGUUCGACUGCCUCCCACCGAAGCCAGAUGGUAGCCCUGCUGAUGAUACAGCAGAGAUAGGGUCCCAAGCUGAAGAGUUCCUCACAGCUCUUGUGGAAUUAGUAGUGGAUGUACCAGUUCUAAACUUCACUUAUGCACUACACCUUGAGGCAUUGAAUACGUUACUGGUCUUGUCCUCCAUACAAAUGUUCCGCACACAGCCAGCUAGCCAGUUUGCUGUCUACCGAAUACUCAUGCAGGGAAAAUGUGCUAUUCAUGCACCAGUGCUGAUGAAGGUGUUAAUGUGGAACUACCUCAACCACGAGAAGUGUCCCGCUGAGCUGUACCGAGGACACUCCGAUGAUGGGGGUCUCAUCUACAAUGCCACAGCAGCUUUAGCAUCAAGCCUGUGGUCGGUUGUUACUCUGGGAAUGGGCAGUCGAGGAAAGAAGUCAGAAGUGGACCUCUCCGAUACACUGUUAGCCAACCAGAGCCUGCUUUUCAUCCUCGUCCUGGUUAGCCACUGUACUUGUGACAAAAGUGUCCCUAACCCUUACCGCCAGGCGUUGUUUUCUUUCACAGACUCUCAAGAGCCGGGACACUCAGUACCCACCCAUGUCCCCUCCACAUUCAAACUGGACAUGAGCAAGCUCUACAGUGUGCUGUGUCUGACCCUGCAUGAUGACCAGACCACGCUGCUUCUCUACCUGCUCAUCCACCAGAACCCAAACGUCAAGGCAUUCAUCCUCUCCAGGACAAACAUAGAUCAGCUGGUGAUGCCACUACUACAGAUACUGUACCACACACACGAGAGAAGCUCACAUCACAUCUAUAUGGGCCUCAUUGUUCUCUUAGUGCUCAGCGAGGAUGAGGUUUUUAAUAAAUCAGUCCAUGAAAUUACUGUAAAGAACAUUCAGUGGUACAAAGAAAAGCCACUGUCGGAAAUCUCUCUAGGCGGGCUGCUCAUCCUUGUAGUGAUACGGACCAUACAGUAUAACAUGACCAGGAUGAGAGACAAGUACUUGCACACCAACUGCCUUGCAGCCUUAGCAAACAUGUCCUCGCAUUUUACAAAUCUCAGUUCCUUUGUGGCACAAAAGAUUAUCAAUCUGUUCUCACAGCUGUGCAAGCGGCACUCCAAGCUGGUGGACCAAAUCCGUCAGUCAGCCAUGAACAGUCAGGCGAGCGAUCAGACAGAUGAACAGACAGACAGUGAACAACAAGACUAUUUACAGGACCUGUCCGUCCUGGAGGAGGUCCUGCGGAUGGUCCUAGAAAUCAUCAACUCCUGCCUGAGCUCCAGUCUACAACAUAACCCUCACCUCAUCUACUCCCUGCUCUACCAGAAGAGCCUGUUUGCGUCAUUCCGGGGCCACCCGACUUUCCAAGAUAUCAUUCAGAAUAUAGAUACAGUGUUAGCCUUCUUCUCAGCCCGACUAGAGGCGCUGGGUCCAAACCCUUCCCCUAGUGAUGUUCUAGCUACAAUCAAAGAAGGAAGCAUGGCUUUUAAGAAAGACAAACUGAAGAAAUUUCCAGAGUUGAAGUUCAAAUAUGUUGAAGAAGAGAGUCCUGAAGAAUUUUUUGUUCCCUAUGUUUGGUCACUUGUAUAUCAUUCCUCCAAUCUGUACUUCAAUCCCAGCCGGAUACUUCUGUUUUCUGUCAACACUAACAGUCUGGAAGUAGCACAUGUCUGA